ACCGGGUCUCAGACCAGUCGCGGUUUUCUCACCCGUCACGGAGAGGCUGUAUCGCAGAGGAGACCUGGACCCGGACCCGAACCAGGAGAGGCGGGUUCAGCUUCAGAUUCUUCCACUUUAUUCACACAAACCAGAUAAAACCAGCAGGAUUUAACCCUUUACGUCCGGUUCAAACAUGAGGCGUGGAUCCACGGGAGGAGAUCCUUAGAGUAAAGUCCACGGAGGAGAACAGGUCCAUCUUCAACCCUAUUUCUGACUAAUGACACCAGAAAGGGGGUUUUGAACGCUGGCCCUUUAAAUGCACCAGAGCCACUUCAAGCCCCGCCUCCUACAAGUUGUUGGCUUUGCUUCUCUGACCCGUUCAACCAACAACUGAACAUUUUAGAGGCUCAUCGACCGCAGCCGACCCCUGACCAUCGCCUUCACCUUCGCUUAAUUAUUCUGACACCUCGUUGGUUCCGUCUCCAUGGAGGCCACAGGGAAGUACGACUUUACCGCCACGGCAGACGACGAGCUGAGCUUCAAGAAAGGAGACAUCCUGAAGAUUCUGAAUCCUCAGGACGAGUGGUUCAAGGCGGAGAUGAACGGACAGGAAGGCUUCGUCCCUCAGAACUACAUCGAGAUGCAGACUCCGAGGUGGUUCCAGGAGAAAGCCAGCCGCUACAAUGCCGAGGAACUACUGAGGAACAAAGACGUGGGAGACUUUGUGAUCAGAGGGUGUCAGAGCUCACCUGGAGACUUCUCCAUCUCCGUCAAACACGAGAGCGACGUCCAACAUUUCAAAGUGAUGAGAGACAAUAAAGGCCAGUAUUUCCUCUGGUCCGAGAAGUUCACCUCCGUCAACAAGCUGGUGGAGUUUUAUAAGACCACCACCAUCUCCAAGACCCGGGAGAUCUACCUGAACGACGGCAGCUCGGACAGCAGGAACCCCACUUUGGCCCAGCUGAAGAGAGGAAGUCUCCCCGAGCAGCGCAGCUCGCCGGCCGCCGUCGCCGCUGCAACACCUCGCCGAGCGUCCGACCAGCCUCACAACCAGCUGGCCAAGAGGGUGGGACUGGAGGAACGAGCCCACACCAUCGGCCACUCAGGACGAAGCAGCCCCAUUAGCUCCGCCUUCCCGCCACGCCGCACGUCAGAAACCAUGCCCCUGCCCCAGAGGGCGUCCUCCAUCCAGGUGGUGGCGCUGUACGACUUCCGGGCAGAGGAAGACGAUGAGCUCGGCUUCGGCGCCGGUGACAUCAUCGAGGUUUUGGACUCGUCCGACUCAUCCUGGUGGAAGGGGAGGCUUCGGGGGAAGACGGGCCUGUUUCCCGCCAACUACACCAAACCAAUGUGACGCCCCCUACAGGCCCCACCUUGACCGAUGCCCCCGUGGACUGACGGACCUGGAUUCAACACGGUCUGGAUCUCAGUGGUACCGAUUGGACUUCCAGCCGGUCAGCAGUUUCACAUGAGGCAGUUUUUAAUCUGAAAUGUGUCCAGAGGAGCAGAGACUGGAUGAAGAACCUCCAGAACCCGGAUCAUGAAGAACAGGACCGGACCAUGGUUCUGCUGAGGAGAACCGAGGAACCGACGUUUAUAUUCAAGAACACUGGUCGCAUGAAGAAUCCACUGUUUCUGCUCACGUUGUUGUCCUUAUAUUUUAUAAUUUUGGAUUAAACUAUUAGAUUUCUGAGCAAAUCUUGACACAUUUCCAGUCGUGUACGUUCCCAGUUUUUUGAAAAUGAAAAAUAAAGUUAUUUUUAUUAGUGACUCA